GCGCUCGUGAGCGCGGCGGCCUCUGUACGCCUGCGCCGCCGUUGCCGGGCACCCGCCGGCGAAAGGACAACAUAGGAAAGGGGUGGGGGCCGCGGGAACGCCGGAAGGCCACCCUUUACCCGGAAAUGGUUGUAGAGGAACAUGGCGUUGCUGGUGCGAGUCCUUAUCCCUGUAGCAGUUGUGGAUGGAUCAGUCAGACGGCUGAGAUUCAAGUCCUGAAGGCCAGUCAGAAGCUACUCAAGCAAUCCUGGAAGAAAGGAACCGGAUUAACAUUUCCCAGUGGUUUCCAGUAUGCAGCCGAUUGGUACCUGUGUAUUCUACACAGGGACAGUGGGGCAGGGCUCUGUCUGGUACUUUCCAGUGGCCUCAGAUGAGCCAGUCCCUAGAAUGUGGUGGAUCAGAACAGAUUCCUGGGAUAGAUGUUCAGUGGAGUAGGAAGUAUCACACCACAAAUAAGCUUUCUACUACCAAGGAUUCCCCACAGCCUGUUGAGGAGAAGGUUGGUGCCUUCACGAAGAUAAUAGAAGCCAUGGGAUUUACAGGACCUUUGAAAUACAGUAAAUGGAAGAUUAAGAUUGCGGCCCUGCGCAUGUAUACUAGCUGUGUGGAGAAAACUGACUUCGAGGAAUUCUUUCUAAGGUGUCAGAUGCCUGAUACAUUCAAUUCAUGGUUUCUUAUAACUCUGCUUCACGUCUGGAUGUGUCUAGUCCGAAUGAAGCAGGAAGGCCGCAGUGGGAAAUAUAUGUGUCGGAUCAUAGUUCAUUUUAUGUGGGAGGAUGUUGAGCAGCGUGGCAGAGUCAUGGGGGUUAAUUCUUAUAUCCUGAAGAAGAACAUGAUCCUUAUGACAAAUAAUUUCUAUGCAGCAAUCUUGGGAUAUGAUGAGGGGAUCCUUUCAGAUGACCAUGGGCUGGCUGCUGCCCUCUGGAGAACCUUCUUCAACCAAAAAUGUGAAGACCCUCGGCAGCUUGAAUUGUUGGUGGAGUAUGUGAGGAAACAGAUGCAGUACUUGGACUCCAUGAAUGGUGAGGAUCUGCUUCUGACGGGGGAGGUGAGCUGGCGCCCUCUUGUGGAGAAGAAUCCUCAGAGCAUCCUGAAGCCCCAUUCCCCAACUUACAACGACGAGGGUCUUUGAUGGGGGCUGGUGUCUCUGAACAGCUGGCCCGCUGGCUUUGAGGAACUGCCAGGAGAGAGGUGCUUGUUUGGCCCGGAACCCUGCAGAAAGUGGCCUGAACUGACCUUUGAACGGCAUCUGUCAAAUACCUGGCCCCAUUUGUGUUGAUUAUCCUCUUAGUAUGCCCAGGAGUCUGAUCUGGUGGGGUACAGUGCUGGGAGAACCCUUGGCUCUUCUGAGGUAUCCUACCCCCCCGCCCCAGGAGAAGCCUGGAGCAAGAGCUCCCCAGCACACACUCCCCUGGUCCCCUCCAGGAACUGUGAUUGACAGCUUUUCCCAAAGGCCGCAGAGGGAUGGGGAUAGGUCAGCAAGGGGACACUUCCACCAAGGGCCCACCGUGGCCAAGGGGCAGUUUGGAAUGCUGCUGAGUCAAGACGGGUAACCACGCUCUGUCCUCCGGCUUUGAGCCAUGGAGUUGAGUUGGCCAUUAAAAGAUACAGAGACUUA